AUGUCCGUCGGGGGCUGCGGGCAGCCUUCAGUUCUGGAAGAGACUCUGCUCACUCGGCUACAGGAGCCUGGGUGGACGUACGGAGGUUUUCAUGGCGAUGACAAGGACGACUAUAUCAAUUCGUUUACCCAAGGCUCAUUGCAAGAACGAAUGGAUGCAGUGGAGAGGCUCCACACUCGGCUCCCGGCAUGGGGCAGCGAGCACACGCGAGAACGGCAUUCUGACUGGGUGUCUGCUGUUUACGAUGGAGCCAAGAUUGUGCUGGAACAGGAGUUGGCUCGGGAUCCUGACGCUGUCUACCAACAGGCCACACAUGCAGACCUCAAGGUUCGACGGGCCGUGCUGGAGGUUCUUGGCGCGACAGCAUCCAAGGGAGAUGAGCGGGCUAUAUCAUGCUGCCACGCGCAGUUGCGGAAGUUCCCCGACGAAGUCUUCGAAUCCUUGGCACAACUUACUCACCCUGGAGACCCCAGGACCAUCGAGGCGGUGGGCUGUGUGCUAGACACCUAUAGCACUUGGAGCAACUGGAGGUUGCAUCUUGAUGAAUCUGGCAAACUGGGACGGCGGCUGCCUGAAAUUGCUCAGAAGGACGACGAGAAUCUAGUUCGCACCGUUUGCAAAAGGCUGGAGCAUCGAGAGAACGAUGCAAGGGAAGCGGCGGCAGCUGCGCUCAAAAUCAUCGCCAGCAAGGACGCCGAGCAUGUCGUGCAGGAGAUCUGCAAACGGCUAAACCACAAACGAGCGGAAGUGCGAGAGGUGGCGUUGCGGGCUCUCGGCCAGAUGGCCCUUCCCAACAAUCUCCAAGCCGUCGACGGCGCUCGGCGCCUCCUCGAAGACAAAAGUCGGAAGCUCGUUCGUCCCACGGCAGAAAGCACCCUGGCACUUCUGGAGGGACGCAAUCGACCACGGCGCUGA